AUGACCAAAUCAUACAGUGAGCACCCACUGAUGGGAAAACCUCAGCCCCAAGGUAACCCCAGCUGGACUGACGAUUGCCUCAGCUCUCAGGACGACGAACAUGAGAUGGACAAGAAAGAGGAGGACCUGGAAACCUUACAGGCAGAGGCUGAUGUCGCAUCUCUGAGAAACGGGGAGGAAGAGGAGGAAGAAGAAGAGGAGGAUGAGUUAGAGGACGAGGAAGCAGAUGACGACGAGGAGGAGAUAGAGGAGGAGGAAGAAGAAGGCGAGGAGGACGACCAAAAGCCCAAGAGACGUGGUCCCAAGAAGAAGAAGAUGACGAAAGCGCGGAUGGAGAGAUUCAAGCUGCGGCGUAUGAAGGCCAACGCCCGCGAGCGGAACCGCAUGCACGGCCUCAACGCCGCCCUGGACAAUCUGCGGAAAGUGGUGCCCUGCUACUCCAAAACGCAGAAGCUGUCCAAGAUCGAGACGCUGCGCCUGGCCAAAAACUAUAUCGGGGCCCUCUCCGAGAUCUUGCGCUCGGGCAAGAGCCCCGACUUGGUCUCCUUCGUGCAGAGUCUCUGCAAAGGCUUAUCUCAGCCCACGACCAACCUGGUGGCCGGCUGCCUCCAGCUCAACCCGCGGACCUUCCUGCCUGAGCAGAACCCGGAGCUGCUGCCCCACGUCCAGCCCACCAGCGCUUCCUUCCCGGGCCACCCCUACCCCUACCAGUCGCCCGGCCUUCCGAGUCCUCCCUACGGCACCAUGGACAGCUCCCACCUCUUCCAUCUCAAGGCGGCGCCCGCCUACGGGUCGGCGCUGGAGCCCUUCUUCGAGAGCGCCCUGGCCGAAGGCGAGAGCCCUGCUUUCGACGGGCCCCUCAGCCCGCCGCUCAGCGUCAACGGGAAUUUCUCCUUCAAGCACGAACCGUCCAACGAGUUCGAGAAGAACUACGCCUUCACCAUGCACUACCCGACCGCCGCCGGCCUGGCCGGAGCUCCUGGCCACGGCUCCAUCUUCGCCUGCUCGGCCUCGCGCUGCGACCUCCCUCUCGACAGCCUCCUGCCCUACGAGAGCCAGGUCCACCACGAGCGGGUCAUGAGCGCCCAGCUCAACGCGAUCUUUCAGGACUGA